CCAUUUACACAACUGGUGAAGGAAAUGCAGCUUCAUCGAGAUGACUUUGAAAUAAUUAAAGUAAUUGGAAGAGGUGCAUUUGGUGAGGUUGCUGUGGUUAAAAUGAAGAAUACCGAACGCAUUUAUGCAAUGAAGAUCCUAAAUAAGUGGGAAAUGCUAAAAAGAGCAGAGACUGCUUGUUUUAGAGAAGAAAGAGAUGUAUUAGUGAAUGGUGAUUGUCAGUGGAUCACAACCUUACAUUAUGCCUUUCAAGAUGAAAACUACUUGUACUUAGUAAUGGACUACUAUGUUGGUGGUGAUUUACUGACACUCCUCAGUAAGUUUGAAGACAAACUUCCUGAAGAUAUGGCAAGAUUUUACAUCGGUGAAAUGGUGCUGGCCAUACACUCCAUUCAUCAGCUGCAUUACGUACACAGAGAUAUUAAACCUGACAAUGUUCUUUUGGAUAUGAAUGGUCACAUUCGCUUGGCAGACUUUGGAUCAUGUUUGAAGAUGAAUGACGAUGGAACUGUCCAGUCUUCUGUGGCAGUGGGCACACCUGACUACAUUUCGCCUGAGAUUCUACAAGCAAUGGAGGAUGGAAUGGGAAAAUAUGGCCCAGAAUGUGAUUGGUGGUCUCUCGGUGUUUGCAUGUAUGAAAUGCUAUAUGGCGAAACACCUUUUUAUGCAGAAUCAUUAGUGGAAACUUAUGGAAAGAUUAUGAAUCAUGAAGAGCGAUUUCAGUUUCCUUCUCAUGUUACUGAUGUUUCUGAAGAGGCAAAAGACCUCAUUCAAAGGCUCAUCUGUAGUAGAGAACGCCGACUAGGGCAGAAUGGAAUAGAAGAUUUCAAAAGGCAUGCAUUUUUUGAAGGAAUUAAUUGGGAAGACAUACGAAAUCUAGAAGCACCUUAUAUUCCAGAUGUUAGCAGUCCUUCAGACACAUCAAAUUUUGAUGUAGAUGAUGAUGUAUUGAGAAAUCCGGAAAUAGUACCUCCCGGUUCUCAUACUGGUUUUUCUGGAUUACACUUGCCGUUCAUUGGUUUUACAUUUACAACUGAAAGCUGUUUUUCUGAUCGAGGCUCUCUAAAAAGUGUAAUGCAGUCUAAUGCUAUCACCAAAGAUGAGGAAGUGCAACGAGAUCUAGAGAACAGCUUGCAAAUUGAAGCAUAUGAAAGAAGAAUUCGAAGAUUAGAACAAGAAAAACUGGAAUUGAGCAGAAAAUUACAAGAAUCCACACAAACUGUACAGUCCUUUCAUAGUUCAGCUCGCUCUACAGGAAAUUCAAAUAGAGAUAAAGAAAUCAAAAGGUUAAAUGAGGAAAUUGAACGGCUGAAAAAUAAAAUAACAGAUUCAAAUAGGCUGGAGCGGAGACUUGAAGAUGCAGUGACACUUCGCCAGGAGCAUGAAGAUUCCACACACAGAUUGAAAGCCCUAGAAAAGCAGCUCCGUGUGCUGCGGCAAGAAAAGGAGGAUAUGCAAAAGCAACUGAUUGAAGCUUCAGAAAGAUUAAAAUCUCAGACCAAAGAACUAAAAGAUGCCCAUCAGCAGAGAAAGUUGGCCAUGCAGGAGUUUUCAGAGCUCAAUGAGCGGAUGGCAGAUCUUCGUUCACAAAAGCAAAAGAUAUCUCGACAGCUUCGUGACAAAGAAGAGGAGAUGGAAGUUAUCAUGCAGAAAAUUGAUUCAAUGAGACAAGAAAUACGUAAAUCUGAGAAGGCCAGAAAGGAGCUGGAAUCUCGACUUGAUGAUGCAAUUGCAGAAGCAUCAAAGGAACGCAAGCUUCGUGAACAUAGUGAGAGCUUCUCUAAGCAAGUGGAAAGUGAACUGGAGGCUCUUAAGAUAAAGCAAGGAAUCCGUGGAUCAGGUGUUACUUUAGAACACCAGCAGGAAAUUUCCAAAAUAAAAUCUGAACUUGAGAAGAAAGUUUUGUUUUAUGAAGAAGAACUGGUCAGGCGAGAGGCCUCUCAUGUCUUAGAAGUUAAAAAUGUGAAAAAGGAAGUUCAUGAUUCAGAAAGCCAUCAGUUAGCGCUUCAAAAAGAGAUCUUAAUGUUAAAAGAUAAAUUGGAAAAGUCAAAACGGGAAAGACAUAAUGAGAUGGAGGAGGCAGUAGGGACAGUAAAGGAUAAAUAUGAGCGAGAACGAGCAAUGCUGUUUGAAGAGAACAAGAAAUUAACAACUGAAACUGAAAGGCUUUGUUCAUUUGUGGAUAAACUAACAGCUCAAAACAGGCAACUGGAAGAUGAACUUCAAGAUUUGGCAGCUAAGAAGGAUUCGGUUGCCCAUUGGGAAGCCCAGAUUGCAGAAAUUAUUCAGUGGGUAAGUGACGAAAAGGAUGCCCGUGGAUAUCUUCAAGCGUUAGCUUCCAAGAUGACAGAAGAACUUGAAUCAUUGAGAAGCUCUAGUUUAGGAUCAAGGACACUGGAUCCACUUUGGAAAGUGCGUCGUAGUCAAAAACUAGAUAUGUCUGCGCGCCUGGAAUUGCAAUCGGCUCUUGAUGCAGAGAUACGUGCCAAACAACUCAUUCAGGAAGAGCUAAGGAAAGUCAAAGAAACAAAUCUAGCCUUUGAAAGCAAACUAAAGGAAUCUGAAGCAAAAAAUAGAGAAUUGUUAGAAGAAAUGGAGAAUUUGAGGAAGAAAAUGGAAGAAAAAUUUAAGGCUGAUACAGGCCUCAAGCUUCCCGAUUUUCAAGAAUCAAUUUUUGAGUAUUUUAACACUUCACCUCUUCCACAUGAUCUGACAUUUAGAACUAGCUCAACUAGUGAUCAAGAAACACAAGUUCACAAACCAGAAGUUUCACCAUCUACUUCAGUUUCCAUAAACACAGAACAGCAAGAAGAAACAACUCGUCCUCAACAGAGAGGACCUGCCAUUUCUUCUCCCACCAUCCAGUCCCUUUCUCUAGCUGUACCAAAGAUCAGUAAUGUUUUGCAUUCUUCUACAAAGGAUGUGUUUUGUUUAUUUUAUAUUAUUAAGGUGACAGCUUCUCUCUUAGGCACACCUGCUAAGACCAGUUCACUGCUAAUUCUAACAGAGAAUGAAAAUGAGAAGAGGAAAUGGGUUGGGAUCCUAGAAGGCCUACAGUCUAUUCUACAUAAAAACAGACUUAAAAAUCAAGUUGUACAUAUUCCACAGGAAGCUUAUGACAGCACACUGCCUCUUAUUAAAACCAUGUUAACAGCUGCAAUAGUAGAUCGGGAUAGGAUAGCCAUUGGUUUAGAAGAAGGACUAUAUGUAAUAGAGUUAACUCGUGAUGUGAUUGUUCGAGCUGCUGAUUGUAAGAAGGUCUACCAGAUUGAACUUGCUCCCAAAGAGAAAAUUAUCAUCCUCAUCUGUGGCAGGAACCACCAUGUUCAUCUAUAUCCAUGGUCAUCUCUUGAUGGUUCAGAAGGCAAUUUUGACAUCAAACUUCCAGAAACUAAAGGCUGCCAACUUAUAGUAGCUGCCACACUAAAGAAGAGCUCCUCAACUUGUUUGUUUGUGGCUGUGAAACGACUGAUUCUUUGUUAUGAAAUUCAUAGAACUAAGCCUUUCCACAAAAAAUUCAAUGAAAUUGUGGCUCCAGGAAGUGUACAAUGGAUGACAGUAUUCAAAGACAGACUCUGUGUUGGCUACCCUUCUGGGUUCUCUCUGUUGAACAUUCAGGGAGAUGGACAGUCUCUAAACCUGGUAAAUCCUAAUGAUCCCUCGCUUAUGUUCCUCUCACAGCAGUCUUUUGAUGCCCUUUGUGCUGUGGAACUCACUAAUGAGGAAUACCUGCUUUGCUUCAGCCAUAUGGGAUUGUACGUGGAUUCACAAGGUCGGAGGUCACGCAUGCAGGAGCUAAUGUGGCCUGCAACUCCUGUUGCCUGUUGUAAUUCAUCUUACAUCACAGUAUACAGUGAAUAUGGUGUGGAUGUCUUUGAUGUUCAUACUAUGGAAUGGGUUCAGACGAUAGGCCUGAGGAAGAUCAGACCACUUAAUAUGGAAGGAACACUUAAUCUCCUUAACUGGGAACCUCCACGAUUAAUAUACUUCAAGAACAAGUUUUCAGGAGCUGUACUCAGUGUGCCGGAAACUUCUGAUAACAGCAAAAAACAAAUGCUUCGGACCAGAAGUAAAAAGCGAUUUGUCUUUAAGGUUCCUGAGGAAGAGAGAUUACAGCAGAGGCGAGAGAUGCUUAGAGACCCAGAAUUGAGAUCAAAGAUGAUAUCAAAUCCAACCAAUUUCAAUCACGUUGCUCAUAUGGGCCCAGGAGAUGGAAUGCAAGUACUCAUGGACCUCCCUCUGAGCGUAUUGCCUUCCUCACAAGAAGAAAAGGCUGGCCCUUCCUCAGCCAACUUCUCCCGGCAACCACAGUCGAGGAGUAAGACCUACGUUUCAUGGCCCUCUUCAGGUGGAGGUGACUUGGGAGUGACCAUACCUCUAAGAAGUAUGUCUGAUCCUGACCAGGAUUUUGACAAAGAGCCGGAUUCUGAUUCCACCAAACACUCUACUCCAUCUAACAGCUCCAAUCCUAGUGGUCCCCCCAGUCCCAAUUCUCCACAUAGAAAUCAGCUUACACUUGAUGGACUAGAUCAAUCAACCUGCGAUGCCUAACACUCCAGCCUCCAGCGCAUCAGCUUCACAUUCCCAGCACUGCACCGAGUAUUUGGAAACACAUGGAGUAAGCAUGUAUCAGAUGAUAGUGCCAAGAGUGGUACUCAGUCUCUAGUGUUGCACAAGAAAAUAAAUAUCCAGAUUGUAGAUUAAAAAAAAAAAAUGGAAACGAAAGCAAAUUAUUAUUACAAUAAUAAUCACUUUUUUUUGCAACAUUUGGCAGUUGCGAUAGUUAAGAUGUAUUCAUUUCUGCACAGCUGUGAUAUAAAUCUGUUACAUAUAAGCAUUAAAGAAAACCAAUAAAUAAUCUCUUCUGCCAAGAAAGGAAUUGGGGGGGGGGGGGGGCGGAAAUACUGGUUGUGUGGAUGCUAAACAGUAUUGACAAUAUUAUUUUUCUAUAGAAUGAUGUAAUGUCUCAUUAGCAGGAAAUCCUUUUAGACAGAAUAUGGGCCUUUGCAUAGGAAGUACACACAAAAGGACCUGUUACAUCCUCAGAUAAAUAUACUUUUCCCUUUUACCUGGAACUCUUUUGGAAAAUAAUAGGAAACUGUACAUUGUUCCCAGCAUCACUAGAAUUAUGAAGUCAAAAGAAAGCUGAGGUUAAUUUUGUGGCCUUUCGACUCAUUUAGCCAUUAUAUGUUCAGCUGCAGAAACAUCUUUCUACCAACUUUUUAGUCAUGUAUAUAGAACUGUUACCAGUAACAUCUCCCCUUUUCCCUUUUCAGCCUGCCAGCUGCUUUUUAUUCCAUCCUCAAUUAUGGCACUGGUCAGGACAUUUAAGACAUCAGAAAUGUUGUGAAAAUUUUAUUAUUUCUCAUUUCUUUUUUUUUUUUUUUUUUUUUUUUUUUGAGAAGUAGUGUGCUCUCUCACACAUACAUAUACAUUAUACAUAUGGGGGUGUGUGUUCUUGGUUCCUUACAAAGGUCAAAUGAGAACUAAAAAAAGAGGGAGCAGCUUUUCUCAUUUAUCAUCUCUCACCUGCAUGGAGACCCCAUGAUUACUAAUUGAAUAUGGAUCAUGUAGAAAAAUGCACAGCACACUUCUAAAGACUUCCCAUGGCCCAAGUGCAGUGGUGGUGUUUUGUGUGGCUAUUUAAUCUCACACUUCCUUAAAUUCUCCAUUUAGUGACCAUAUUUGUGACCACAUCUCAUUAAAAGCUUGUAAUUAAUUCCAUGGCUGGCCUGUCCAGUUUUUCAUUGACCCAUUAGUGUGCCUUUUGUCCCCAAUAUGACAGUUGGUCGUCACUUAUUGAAAGUUUGGUUUUAAUGGACUAAUAAUGCUAUACCAGUGUUUUUUAUUCCCACCCACCCCCAAAAAAAACAAACCACUGUAAAUGAUGUGCACUUGUUUUUAGUUGAAAUUGAGUGUUCUAGUCCACAUUUAGUCCUAUAAUAUUAAAUGUCUGACAGACAGUACUGGCUCUUUCCUCAGAUUCUCCAUAAAGGGGCUCCUUUGGAGCUGGACACUACUGCUUUGGGGGGGGAGGGGAUCUGGUUUUUACUUUUUUAAUGUAAGUCUGAGUCUUUGUAAUUAUUGAACUGUGAGAACAUUUUUGAACAAUUUACUUGUCAAUAAAGCAGAAGAGGGAGGUUUUAAAGUUCA